AUGGUGCAUAUCAACUUGACCCGUUUGGCUCAUGAGUGCGAGCUGCAGAUGACAGAGCGGGAAGUGGAACAAAUCGAAAAGAGACAUGCCCGAUUGGAUAAGGUAAGCAUGGAGUGGCUUCGUGAGCUUGAAGCCAAUGGGCUCUUUCAGUCGACUGAAUCAAUUCUUCUGAUGACCCCGAUCUUCUCGCUCAUCUCAUUCGUUUUCGCCCUCACUCUUCUCGCCGCCAUCGUUUACGCCUUACUCGGCAGAAAGGUCCCUUCCAGAAAAUAUAGGUAAGUGUCUCGUAACGGCCUCCAACAUUCAUUUCAACCUUAUUCCAGUAUAAUCGUCUCUCGAACGGCGGCCGACAUCUUCUCCUCGGUGCUCAUCGCCGCCGCUUCCCUUUUCGCCAACUCCUACUCUGGUCAGUUGUCUGUUCCUUUUAUCUCCAAUUUUCUGUUCAGCUUCCUACAUGGUUCUUGCCUUGUUCCUAUACAUUUGCACUUUCGGAGUCGUCCAUCUGACUUCUUCCCACUGUGCCGUAAUCGUCCUUCGACAAGUAAGCUUUUCAAAUCGGAUCGACUGUUUCAUGUUCCCUUUAGAUCAGUGUAACUCGCCCGUAUGGAUUCCAAUCGAUCUGCAGCAUUCGAAGACUGUCUCUCGUCGUGGGAUUCACUUGGAUCCUCUCAAUAAUGUACGCGGCUGCGUAUGCUCCGAUGACUACUGUAAUUGUGGAUGCAUCCAAAGAAGACAGAGGUUAAAUCCCUUCGGACAUACAUCCCGAACCCGUUCGUUCCUUUCAGUGUGCGCCUACCACAGCUGCCAACGUCCCCUCAUCAUUGCCGCCAUCACAAUCAUUGCCAUUUCAAUGUUCUCUCUUCUCUCUUCCUACGGAAUUGUCAUUGCCAAAAUGGCUCAGAUAGCUCACAGCGAGAAGUGAUAUUUCUUCCGCUUCCCCCCGGAUAACUUGAUUUUUUCAGAAUGCACAAUGAGCCGGAACUGACUCGGAAACGAAUGCACAAGUUCUUCAAAUUCGGCGGUCAUCUGGCCCUCUACACUCUCAUCGUCUCGCUCAUUUUCGUCGGCGCUCUGUUCAUCCUGCACAAUGCCGAGGACUAUCAUCAAAUCAACCGAAUGAUUGCAAUCAAUUGCAAUGUUUAUGAUGUGGGAAAAGCCAAUUUUUAUUGUCAUUUUCCCCCAUUUCCAGUAUCUGAACAUCAAAUUGCGUCUCGAGACGAUUGCGGGCGGAGCGGUCCUUUUGUGGUGCGUCCGCAUCGUCUUCGACGUCGUCAUCACUUUCAUGUCCGAGAUCCGACUCUUCCCCUGGAUACGACUCGACAAUCUGAAGAGUUUGGACAGUAAUCGGGUAUUCGUGGUCCCUGAGCUCCCUUCUGAUACUGAUCCCCUUUGCAGGUGGUGUCCGUUCGGCACGGAUUGGGUUGGCAGAAAGGAUGCGUCAACUGCCCCGUUUUCAACAUCGAAAAUCGGCUUCAUCCUUUGGAUUUCAAGAAUUGA